AAGCAGGUCUGUGUGUGUUCAGUCCUGACGCAGAUAAUCUGUGUAAUCUGAUUAAGUGUGUGUAAGAGCCUGCGUUCCUCAGUGUUUCACACACACUGAUCAUGGCCGGAGAAGAGCCGUACCCCAGAAAGAUCCUGCAGUACAUGGAGGGAUUCCUGGUGUCAAAGGCUCUGUUCAGUGCGUGUGAGCUGGGUGUGUUUGAGCGUCUGCAGGGCUCUCAGUGGUCUGCGUCUGAUCUGGCUCUGUCUCUGGGCUGCAGUGAGGAUGGCAUGGAGCGUCUGCUGAACACCUGUGUGAGUCUGGAGCUGCUGACGGCUCGCACGGACCCCCACGGAGCAGUGGUGUACAGUAACACAGAGAUGUCCAGCAUGUUCCUGCUCAAGUCCAGCCCCAGGUCUCUGUGUCAGUCGAUCGAGUACAGCUCCAGAACCAUCUACCUGUGCUGGCAUUACCUGAGCGACGCCGUCCGAGAAGGGAGGAACCAGUAUGAGAAGGCUUUCGGUGUGGACUCCAGAGACCUGUUUGAAGCCAUGUACAGGUCUGAUGAGGAGAUGGUGAAGUUCAUGCACCUGAUGAACUCUGUCUGGAACAUCUGCGGCCGGGACGUGAUCACAGCGUUCGAUCUGUCGCCCUUCAGAUGCAUCUGUGAUCUCGGAGGCUGCAGCGGCGCUCUCGCCAAACAGUGUGUGUCCGCCUUCCCCCAAUCCACCGUCACCAUCUUUGACCUUCCCAAGGUCGUGAGGACGUCCCAGCAGCACUUUGUGUGCAAUCAAGACGAGCGGAUCUGCUUCUGUGAAGGAGACUUCUUUAAGGACGAGCUCCCGCAGGCCGAUCUCUACAUUCUGGCCCGGAUCCUGCACGACUGGACCGACCAGCGGAGUGUGGAGCUGCUGACCAAGAUUUACCAGUCCUGUAGACCAGGUGGAGCUGUGCUGCUGGUGGAGGCUCUUCUGUAUGAGGAUAACACUGGUCCUCUGACAGCGCAGCUCUACUCUCUGAACAUGUUGGUGCAGACGGAGGGUCGCGAGCGCAAAGCUUCAGAUUACAGUCGUCUGCUGAGCGCCGCUGGAUUCACACACAUCCAGAUCCACAACACCGGCAAGAUCUACGACGCCAUCCUGGCCCACAAAUAAACACACCGUGUGUCAUGAAGGGCUUCUGUUCUUCAGAAAUCAUCUUAUAUUGUCUUAAUGUUCAGCUAUGUCUGUUUUCAGGCUCUAACAGAUGAGUGUUUUACUUUACUGUGUUGUACCUGUUCAGAUAGGAGAUCUUAGAUCCAGCUUUUACUCUUCUGCUUUACUCUUCAAAUCUGCACAGCGCACUGUAAAAUCAUUUUUUUUAAGUAAAAAAAAAAGAAAAGAAUGAAUACGAAGAGUACAUUUUAUGAGGAAAUACUAUUUUAACUUUUUCUUUAUUUCAUUUAAUGUGUUAUUUGCCAUUUCUUUGUAAGUAAUUGUGAAAUUUAUUUGCGAUUUCUGAGUGAAAAUUAUUUCUACACCAAUUAUUUUCCAUCAAUAUCCUGAACUUUGCUACCUGAAAUCCACUAAUUGAAUAAUAAAAACCUUACUUUCACAACCCACAUUUCAAGAAGGUGAAUUUUUACAAAAUAUUUUAAAAAUAUUUU